GCUCUGGGGCGGGGCUGCCUGGAGGUCGCGGAGGGACAGACGGACCUCGCCGGGAUGGGGGGUGUGGCUGCUCCGCCAGGGUCCUGUGUGUGGGACGGCUGCACCGCGACCACCGGUGCCCUGGGCCCCUCCGCCUUCUGCUAGAGAUGCUCUUCCUCUCGUUUCAUGCAGGCUCCUGGGAAAGCUGGUGCUGCUGCUGCUGCCUGAUUCCAGGCGACAGACCUUGGGACCGGGGCCGGAGUUGGCGGCUGGAGAUGGCGGACACGAGAUCCGUGCACGAAACCCGGUUUGAGGCGGCGGUGAAGGUGAUCCAGAGUUUGCCGAAAAAUGGUUCAUUCCAGCCAACAAAUGAAAUGAUGCUCAAGUUCUAUAGCUUCUAUAAGCAGGCAACUGAAGGACCUUGUAAACUGUCAAAGCCUGGCUUCUGGGAUCCUGUUGGAAGAUACAAAUGGGAUGCAUGGAGUUCUCUGGGUGAUAUGACCAAAGAGGAAGCCAUGAUUGCUUAUGUUGAAGAAAUGAAAAAGAUUCUCGAAACUAUGCCGAUGACUGAAAAAGUUGAAGAAUUGCUACAUGUCAUUGGUCCAUUUUAUGAAAUUGUAGAAGACAAGAAAAGUGGCAGAAGUUCUGAUUUAACCUCAGUCCGACUGGAGAAAAUCUCUAAAUGCUUAGAAGAUCUUGGUAAUGUUCUAGCUUCUACUCCAAAUGCCAAAACUGUUAAUGGUAAAGCUGAAAGCAGUGAUAGUGGAGCUGAAUCUGAGGAAGAAGAGGCCCAAGAAGACACGAAAGGACCAGAACAACGUGAUAGCGAUAAGAAAAUGAUGAAGAAAUCUGCAGACCAUAAGAAUUUGGAAAUCAUUGUCACUAAUGGCUAUGAUAAAGACAGCUUUGUGCAGGGCGUACAGAACAGCAUUCAUGCCGGUCCUUCCCUGAAUGGCCGAUGCACUGAGGAAGUAAAAUCUGUAGAUGAAAACUUGGAGCAGACUGGAAAAACUGUUGUCUGCGUUCACCAAGAUGUAAAUGAUGAUCAUGUUGAAGAUAUUUCAGGAAUUCAGCAUUUGACAAGUGAUUCAGACAGUGAAGUUUACUGUGAUUCCAUGGAGCAAUUUGGGCAAGAAGAGUCUUUAGACGGCUUUAUAUCAAACAACGGACCAUUUUCCUAUUACUUGGGUGGUAAUCCCAGUCAACCGUUGGAAAGUUCUGGCUUUCCUGAAGAUGUUCAAGUACUUCCUGGGGACGGUAGCACUGGGGACAUGCAGGUAGCAGCAGUUGAAGGCAAAGGUGAAGUAAAGCGCGGGGGAGAGGACGGCGGGAGUAACAGUGGCGCCCCGCACCGCGAGAAACGGGCUGGAGAAAGUGAGGAAUUCUCUAACAUUAGGAGAGGGAGAGGGCACAGGAUGCAGCAUUUGAGCGAAGGAAGCAAGGGUCAGCAAGUGGGAAGUGGAGGUGAUGGGGAACGCUGGGGUUCGGACAGAGGCUCAAGGGGCAGCCUGAACGAGCAGAUCGCGCUUGUGCUCAUGCGCCUGCAGGAGGACAUGCAGAACGUCCUCCAGAGACUCCACAAACUGGAGAUGCUGGCGGCAUCACAGGCAAAAUCAUCAGCAUUACAGAUCAGUAAUCAGCCCACUUCACCAAGACCAUCUUGGUGGCCCUUCGAGAUGUCUCCUGGUGCAUUAACCUUCGCUAUCAUAUGGCCUUUUAUUGCCCAGUGGUUGGUGCAUUUAUAUUACCAAAGAAGGAGAAGAAAACUGAACUAAAGAAAAUGACGUUUUGUUGAAGAAGUCUACUGGCCCUGGAUAACCUCGGGAUGAUACCGAUUGUGGAGCGCACACGAAAAUCCUAGUUUGUGAUGAUUACAUUUUUGUUGUCUAAUAGUUUGGUUUGUGUACAUAUAUAUACAUAUAUAUAUUUUGCACUACACAAAUGAUAAACAUUUUAAGGACUAAUAUUGCUGAUACUUGAAUAAUCAAUCUCAACUAGGUGAUAAGUAGCAUAGAUUUCCCCUACCCUUGACUUCAAAGGACAUUAAAUUAUUAAUUACUGUUUGGUAACAUGUUUACCUGAUUAUCACCCAUAGAGAAUCAUAAGCUGCUUUUCCCAGGUAUAGUUGUGAUGAUGGUAACAGAUUUAUAACUGGGUAUUUUUAACUUUCUAAAUUAAAUAUGAGAAAGUAUGCAAACCAGGAGUGAAUUUCAACUGAUAAAUCAACCAUCUUUCUAAGUUACUGAACCGCCAUGCAAUUUAGUAGAAAGAGAUUGGAAGGAUCUUCUCCACAUCCACUCUGUGGGCUGCUCAAGAUCCCACUUGGGCAUGCACUGCUCUGACUUCAGUGUUCAGGCAUCACCAUGACAAAGCAGAGCCCUGUGUACUAGGCUUCGUUUUUACAAAUGAUUCACAGAAUAGACCUAACCGGCUAAUGGAAAUGAUGAAGAGUGGGCUUAAAGUAGGUUUGUCAGUGUGUUCUGAGCCUGCAGAUCAUUAAUAAGAUUUGUAUUCAGUUAUAUAUACAUGGAUUUCUUUCUAAUCAUUUUCCUUUAACUGAGAACAUCUUGUUUCUGCUUUAUAGGGUGCUUUGAAAUAUAAAAUGAAAACUUAUUUAUACUGUUUUUACAAAGGUCAAAAGGAAACAUAUGAAAAAUCACUUUUCUGCAACUGGUAUAAACCACACAGACUGGACUCUUAACCUCUUAGUGCCUCAGUUUUUCUUCGGGGUAUAAUAUUGGAGACGUACGUAUUUCUCAAGGGGUGUUGGAAGGAUUUGCAAGCUAGCAGGCCAUAUGCUUCUAUUUGGAUAAGACACACCCAACUAAUGUAAAUUUAAGUGUCUCUCCCCCAGCCCCCACCUAUAGACUAAGAAGAAGACUGUAAUUUAGAUUCUUGAAGGCUUUCUUUGGAAUUAUCCUUCCUAUAUACCUUUUGAAACUCCCUGCUCAUAUAGAUGUACCUUACUUAUACUUCCAAGAUUUCUCUGAUUCAAAGGCUUAGUAUCAAAUGAUUUUUAAAUAUUCUUGGUAUGUGUGAUGUUGGCUUUAGCAUCAUGUGUUCAGAGUGUUUUUGAUAAGAGAGAAAGAAAUCUGUCCCUAGUAUAGAGGGUGGUUCUUUGUUUACCUGAAGAAAAAAGAAUAUGAUUUGCUUUUCUGAAGACUGUUUUUUCCCUUGAUUUUUUCUUACAUGUAACUUGGUGUUUUUUUAAAAAAGUUUUAAUCCCAUAUUGAUUAAAAUGUGUCUAUCUAAAUGGAUCUACUGAUAUUUGCUUUUAAAAAGCUGUCCUCUAUUUAUUCAGGGGAAAAACAUGAAGCCAGUAACUGAAUUAUAUGUAACAAUAAAAUUUAAACCUGUGGAUCUGGAAUUAUUCUAAAAAAUUAGCCCUCUAUCUGGUAUCAGAAAAUAGUGGCUUUUCUCUUAGUAUAUAAGGAAAUAAGAUGCAGAGUAAGAAUGUAAGCAGUUGUGAUUUGUGACAAGCAGUUGGAGGUAACUAGCUCCUAGGGAUAACCAUUUGUAUCCUAUUCCAAAGUCUUAUUUUAUAGUUUGAAAAGCACUUUGCACACUGUUCUUGUAUAUACAAGUAAAGAUGUAAUUACAGGAUGUAGUGUUACUGCUUUGUUUAACAAGAAUCUCAUUUAACAUUUAAGAUGGACAGCUAUGGUAUUUUUUUAAUGAUAAUACUUUUCUGUUUCUUUACUGUAAAACGAAGUUAAAAAUAAAAGGUUAAUGAGAA